GCGAUGCGGCGGAUUGUAUCACGGUCUCAUCAGCAGACGAGCUGAUAUCUUAGCAGCUCCAGAUGCGGCGUUGGAUUUUUUGAUGUAGGACUUUCAUCAGCGGAAAAAAAAAAACGAUCCAAAAAUGAGCAAUUUGGGGCCAAACGGCUGCUUUUGUUUGGCGGCGAAGCGGCUGGUUCCGGCGUGGCAGGGGUGACGUCUCUCCGCCGCCGUCGACCCAUCAGAUAAGAACGCCGCGGCUCUGCGGCGCCGCCAGAGCGCCGACCUUCAGGCUGCGGGACCAGAACCGGCGUCCUGCGACGGGGUUCUUCAGAUGGAAACAUGAUUGAAGGGAGGUGAAACUGCGUGUGGCGUUGCCACGGAGACGGCAGGGCUGAGGAGGGUAGUUAGAGGCUGUUAUCCCCUCCCUGUGAACCCUUCGGCAAGGCAGCAGGGCUGGACUGAACUUUGGGGAGGCGGGUUCCUUGCAGGAGAGGAGAAGUUGAAUCCAGCUGAGCUCCGGUUCUGGCGCCGGUGUUUCAGCUGCGGCGGCGCCGGGGGAUGCUGCAGCUUUAAAAGGACAUAAUUGAGUGUCAAUGAUCAGCACAUCAGCUGCAGAGUAAGUACUCCGGGGGCGGCGUGGAGGGGGGGCAGUCCCAUCAGCCGCCUCAGCUGUGCGUCCGUCACGCUCCCACGCAUCGCCUCACUUCGCCUCACUUCCCAUUCCCGCCCGCCGGAGCUGCGCUGAGGCACCGCCGGCCGUUUAGGACCCGGCGCGUCGCCGGCGCCGCCGCACCCCGGAGAUGCUGUCGGCCGCCGUCCAGAUCCUGGCGUUCGCCCUGGCGCUGCUGGGCGCGCUGGGGGCCACCGUGGCCACGCUGCUGCCCAACUGGAAGGUGAGCGUGAACGUGUGGACGGCCGGCGCCAUGAUGACGCCCGUGCAGCAGAUGCAGGGCCUGUGGAUGGACUGCGUGUGGUACAGCUCCGGCGUGUUCGGCUGCACCCUGAAGGACUCGCUGCUGUCGCUGCCGGCGUCGCUGCAGUACAUGCGGGCCGGCAUGGUGCUGUCCUGCAUCCUGGCCGUGCUGGGGCUCGGCCUGGCCUCGCUGGGGCUCAAGUGCACCCGCUGGGGGGGCAGCCACCGGGCUAAAGGCCACACGGCCAUCGCCGCGGGGGGUUGCUUCGUCCUGGCCAGCCUGCUCUGCCUCGUCCCGGCGUCCCUGUUCACCAACGAGGUCAUCACGGCGUUCCUGACCACCGACCUGCCGGACAGCAGCAAGUACCAGCCAGGGGGGGCUCUGUGCGUCACCUUCGUCUCCGCGGGCUUCCUCCUGGCCGGGGGGGUCAUCUUCUGCCUGUCCUGCCCCGGUAGGAGCUCGCGGAGUCGGACGGACUUCGCUAUGUCGUCCGAGUCCGAGCGGCGCGAGGAUCCCAGGGACGGGCGGCGGAGGCGGGAGCCCAAAACCAGGAGGAACAAAAGCGUCCGGCUGCAGACGGACGAGGAGAAGCAGGACCAGCGGGACCAGAACCGGAGUCCCCGGCACCAGCAGACCCGGCUCGCCGGCUCGUCCCCGUCCAAAGACCUCAAGGACAGCUACAGCCUCCAGGAGUACGUGUAGCCCUGCGGCGGAGAGGUGAAGCGUGGACUUCCCUGCUUUCUGGGUUGUGGGGGGAGGGAGCCAUAAUUACUAAAUGUUGAAAAUGACAGAUUGUAGAUUCAGCCAAACGUCUCCGAGGGCAGCGAGCCGGUUGCAGGGACGCCGGACGCCGAGUCCCGAGUCCUGAGUCCUGAGUCCUGAAUCCUGAGUCCUGAGUCCUGAGUCCUGAGUCCUGAGUCCUGAGUCCUGAGUCCUGCUGCAGCUUCAUCACACCAAAGGUCUGAAAGACGAAUGUAAAAACCUGGACCUGCUGAUUUCUGUCACACAUACAUGCACGCACGCACGCACGCACGCACGCACGCACGCACGCACGCACGCACGCACGCACGCACGCACGCACGCACACACACACACACACACUCCAGCUAAGCCUGAAAUUGAAAAGCCAUCAUUUUCCAGCUGUGUAUGCCGCCUGCCUUCACACUCACACACACACAUUUUAAAGCAGAACAAAGAAAUGUUUUGUGUCAGAAUGUAAGUUUUGCUUGAAUCUAAAUUUGAUUAUUUUUAGUUGUUUAGAGUUUUGUUUUGCGGUUUUUUGUUCCUGCUUCAACAAAAGAUCUUUUGU